CUUCAUGAAAAUUAAACUCAGUUUAUAAUGAUAAAUGUUCCAAGUGUGAUGAGAAGAAGGCAUGAAUUUAAAUUAAGAAUUCUGAUAAAGCGAAUAGUCGAAGAUAAAAAUAUUCUUUUUUCCACUUUCCAAACAGAACUAUAUAUAGAAAGCUAAGAGUUAAUCUGACAAGUGAAGUGAGAUCAUUGAAAGUUACAGCAAGACUGGUACUCUCUUAAGUUUUACCUAAAGAAUCUAUAGACACUGCUAUAGCAGCUGAUAAAAUUAAAAUUUUAUAAAGAAACAAAGUAAGAACCUUUUGCAGACUGUAAUUAAAUGUUUCAUAAGUAUAAUUAAAAAUAACAGAAACGAUUAACUCAAGAAACUGUUUGCGUGUACAUGAAUAUUUGAUUGGUAAAAGUGAUAUUUGUACAAUGUAUAAGGGUGUUGCUAAGCAGGAAUAAAUCUCACAUUAUUUUUUGUCAAUAUUACGUAAACGUUGAAGCGAAAUGGACAUAUUAGAGAAUCCUUACUAUAUUUUAACUAAAUAUAUUAUAAUAGUAUCUGGACAAAGUCAAUAUCAUCCAAAGUGGUUAAAAUUUUUGAUAAAAUCAUUCUUUUUCUUGACAAUAUUGUCUUGUAUUUUUGCUCUGGUAAUAUUAUGUUUUAUUAAAGUAAUUUUAAGAUAAAUAAUUAAUUACUAAAUAUAGAUUGCAGGAUUGAUAAAAGUAUUUGGGAAUAUUGAUUUAGUACUGGAGUGUAUUCCACCAGUAUGUUAUAGUUCAAUAAGUUUUAUUAUUUUAAUAAACAACAAUGUCCAACAAAAACAAAUGAAUGUAGUUUUUUUAAAAAUGCAAAGUGAUUGGAAAACGUUAACAUCAAAACAUGAUACCUAUAUUUUACACAAAUAUGGCAAAAGAUGUAAAUUGUAUAAUAUAGUUUAUAUUGUUGGAUUUUUUGGAAGUGUUACAGUUUACUUGUUUUCACGUACUAUUUUACUACUGAUUGGCUUUUUUAGAGAUAGUAGUGCACCUAGACCGAUUAUAUUUCUUUUGGACUUAGGUAUUGACCCAGAAAAAUAUUAUUAUUUGAUAUUGAUAUAUAGUCACGUAUGUAGUUACAUAACAACUACUUUGAAUGUAAAUGGAGCUAUGGUUUUUUCUAUGCUACUUGAACAUGCUUGUGGAAUAUUUGAAAUUAUUGGGCAUAAAUUGACUACUGCUCUUGAGGAACGUCGAGAAUACAAUAAUAAACUAAGUUUGAAAGAAAAUAUUCAUCGAGAAAUAAUACUUUGUGUGAAAAUGCAUAAAAGAGUUCUAUUAUUUGUCAAUGAUAUUGAGAAUUUCCUAUCAACUGCAUAUUUUUUAAUAUUUGGAUUUUGUAUUAUCGAUUUAAGCAUCACUGGAGUUCAGUUUGUGAUGUUUAUAAAUAAUGCCAGUGAAGCUUUAAGAUUUGGAUUUUAUGCAAUUACUCAAAUCUUUCAUAUUUUUCUUUUAACUCUUCCAACUCAACAUUUAUUGGAUACAAGCCUUUGUAUUUCUAGCUGCAUAUACAGUGCAAAUUGGUAUCAAUUGUCAUCCAAAAAUAAAAAGUCGUUACUUAUUAUAAUGAGAAAGGGCGCUGAACCUACAAAAUUUGUUGUUGGAGGAAUGUUUACACUUUCUUUGCAGUUUUUUACAAAGGUUCUUCAAACAUCAAUGUCUUACUUUACUGUAUUGAUGACUGUGCGACGAUAGAAUGGAACUUUUUAUUAUGCGACUUUCAUUUGAUUCUCCUUUUUUUUAAAUGUUUAGUGGUUGAUGAAGUACUUCAAGGAUUAAGUGUAGUAAAAAUAUAAUUAUUAGAUAUAAUUUUUGUAGCAUUGCCUAGUAAUAAAUUUCAGUUGUUUUGAAU